AACUUGAAGAACUGGUGUGUUUGCAUUGCUCAUCGUUAUACAAGGAGAGAACCACAGGGCUGCUUUUUCAUUAGUUUGCAACAACGGCACACGCAACAGAGUCGACCUUUAUGAACGCAAAGUAGUUCAUUAUACUUCUUAUCAGACUGUUCCUUGAGUUGAAACUGGCUUGUGCAUUUGUGUGUGCGUGUGUCGACACUUGUUGCGGCUCGCGUGCACCUCCCUCUCUGCUGUAGGAGUGCCCUGCGUUCAAGGUUCAGGAUAACUAGGAGAGAAGCGUUACCAUGGGUAGUGGGAAGACGCAACUGUUUUCUUGCCUCCUGUUCGGCUGUUUGCUUCAACACGCAGCCGGGUUCGUGUUUUGGACUGCGGUGGUGGAAAUAAGCUACGUCAACAACCAGAAUGUGACUAUAGACAAGUAUUGCGAGUGUGGGAUUUUUGGUCGGAACUCUGCGGUGGAGAGGGCGCAAGGUGUCGUAACUCUGCCCAAAGGAGAUCCGAAAGGGUGCGGGCCGGAUCCAGUUUACAACCGCAACUCCAGCUCUCCGGCUUGGAUAGCUUUGGUGAAACGUGGCAACUGCACCUUUAGCGAGAAGAUCCAAGCCGCGACUCGCCAAGGAGCCGCCGCCGUCAUCAUUUACAAUGUCGACGGGAGCGGUAACACCACCACGCACAUGUCCCAUCCCGAAACGACCGGCGCCGUCGCUAUCAUGAUCGGGAACUUUCAAGGUAUGGAGAUUGUUAGAUUGCUUCAAAACGGCACUGAAGUUCAAAUGAUAAUCGAAGUCGGCAGCCCGCACGGACCGUGGAUGGACAUGUACUGGCUCUACUUCUUGUCUAUCGCGUUCUUCAUCGCCAUAACCGGAGCGAUAGCCUAUUUCGUGUUUAUCUCCGCUAACCGUUUGUACAGUUUACGAAGGCACAAGCGAGCGGAGAAGAGACUGAAAAAUGAAGCGAAAAAGGCCAUCCAGCGCUUGGAGGUGCGCAGCCUCAAACGCGGAGACGAGGAAACCACUUCGGAGAUCCUGAUGUGCGCCGUUUGCAUCGAAUCGUACAAAAUCGGAGACGUGGUCACCGUGCUGACGUGCGACCACAUUUUUCACAAGGCGUGCAUAGAGCCGUGGCUGCUGGAGCGAAGAACCUGCCCUAUGUGCAAGUGCGAUAUUCUCAAAGCCUUAGGAGUCGAGGAGGACAGUAAAGACGGGUUUAGCCACAACUCGCCACCAGAGGUCACUGUGAUAACCGUAGCCGGAGGAGAGGCGAUGUACGAGGUGCCGCUGACAGACACAGCCAGCCCGCAACACUAUGAAAACAGGGCCUUUGAGGAUGAGCCGUCCAGGGGAUAAGGAGCGAGCGGAGGAAACAAAAACAAAACAGCAACCGGCGAAAAAGACUAUGGAGAUUUGACUGUUUGAGCGAGACUCAGGAACAUAUCAAGUAUAAGGAAUCAACGUGAAAUCAAUGAUCAUAUAUAUGCACAGAAUGGGACUAAAAUACUGGUAAAAAAACUCAAAAAUUUAAUUGAAAAGUUGAAGUAGCUACAAUGUGAACUGUAUGCCGAUGAUAUACUUCAUAAUGAGUGACGUACUUUAAGCAUUUAUCUUAAUAGGUGAUUAUCGAAACGCAAAAUCUCAACUAAAUAAAUGUUGUUUUUUUUCAGUUUGUCUAUAAUAUCAAUAUGCCUUUUGAGAUUUAAAUUGAUUCACUUCUGUCAUUAUAAUCCACUGAUGCUGGACUACAGGGCUGCACAACGUAUGAAAAAACGCGUAAAGUCGACUUGUCUCGAUAACGAAUUCUGAAGUAUAUGCGAUAUUUUGUUGUAAAUAUAGACGAUAAACGAUAAUAUUGAAACCAAAGCAAAAAUAUCUCCCAUAAAAGUAUUCUAAAUGUGCAAAAUUGUAAAAAACAAAACUCUGAGCUGCAUCAUUUUAGUAGUUAAUGAGACAAAAGUGAUCCAACAUGGCCGCCGCCUUAAAUGAUAACAAAGCAAAAAUAUCUCCUAAAUCGUAUUCUAAAUCCUUAGUUUGAAUCUAUAAUGAGUCAAAGGAGUUAAUAAUUCAAACUUCUACAUCUCAAAUCUCAUCGUAGAACAGAAAAAUAACCAAAGAAAAAGUCCCUACGAAAAUAUCGAAAUAUGUGUCACGUAUUUUUAUUUAUUUUUUUGGUAUGUCUUGUAUUUAAUAAGUCAAUAUAGUAAUUAUCAUGAUGGGUUUAAUAAUGAAGAACUUAUUUGAACACUGCAAAUUGAUAAUGUAAUAUGGAAAUUGCCUUAAAUCGAUUAAUCAAAUUUGAAGUUCAUUUUUCUUGCAUUGAAAGUGUAAAAAAAAGGCCUCUCGCUGCAGUCACAGGGAGCAGAGGUUUGCACAGAGGAGACGGGGCAAACAUUGUGUCGAAAAUCAAAGUUUUCUUCAGACAAAAUCAGUUUUAUUUUCAGGCAAAACCACCCAGCCCUUCUUUGCUAAUGUACAAAAUGUGAGCACGAGGAUCGGUUAGUAACACGAAUUUGACCAUGUUUUGGUUCUCAGUUACAAAUAUAGAAAUACUUGGCACCUCUUAUUCAUAGGAUUCCACUUCCUGUUUUUUUUUCCCCAUUGAAAAGAUAUAAUAUUUUGUUUUAAAUUGUUAAUCACUAUGGCAACAGUGACUAUGAUUACCAUAUUGAAUAUUUGAAAGGUGGAACAAUAUUUUUGGGCUUCAGUAUUUAUUAUGUGCACAUUUUCUUUGCGCUACUGGGACAUUUUUGGUAAUUUUUUUGGCUAUAUGAUGAUAUUUAAUCCAUAAAAGGUUGAAUUAGUCAUUUCUAUGACUCAUUACAGAUGUAGACCAAGUGUUUCAGAAAAAGGUUGGCGGCAGCAGUGCUACUUGGUUGUGUAAAGAUUGUGAAAAUUGUUCUUUUGGUGCUCAAAAAGUACAAAACAAUUAAAAGCCUUUAUUACCAUAUGGCAGAUAAAGUUAAAAUCAUGCCAAAGUCUGAGUUAAAAUCAGUGCAAAAGUGUUUCAUUCUGGGGUUUUUUGUUUGUUUUUUUUACUUUGCAGCUCAUUUUUUAACAAUAUUAUAGCUUUAGAAUAGUUUUGGUAGUUUAAAUCUGCGUUUGUGGCAUACAUUAGUUUCCAUAUUUUCGUUUAUCGUCUAUUUACUCCAUUACUCAAUCAAACUUCAAAAUGUGUUAUCGUGACAGACCUAGCAACAGUUCUAAUAGCUCAUCUGAAACCCAUAAAUACAUUUACUGAUAAGACAGAACGGGGCAGUAUAACUUGAGUGCUGCUCGUUUUGUAGCGUCCAGUCCUGUUUUCCCUGUUCGUGUUGUGAACUCAAACAAGGGGUGUGUUCGUACUCGAGCUCGCCAGACCAGCUCGCCGUUUGCAUGCCCCAGAUGCCGUCCCGUUUCACAUUUCUGUUUUGCAUUGGGUCAAUUUGCAGUGAAGGCUCCCAUCUGUACGUAGACUUGCAAAACACAACCAAAACAGCUUUGAAAUUUGCUUCUCGGCCACAGAAACUCGCAGCUCUGAUUUGAAGACCGGAGCAUUUCUAGUUUGUUUGUACUUGUCUUAAGGUAGACUGACAUUCACGGCCUGCGUUUGAACACACCCCAUACUGGAAAUUCAACAUUACGCUACGAGCUAACCUGAGGGCUGAAGUUUUUCCAUCAACAUGAGCAAACGUGAAUCAUGACGCUGCAGCCUGAGGGACUUUUGGGUCUUUGUUUGUGUCAGAAAUACUGAGGUUAUGUUCGCUCUGAGAGGAUUCGUUUCUUUAAAAAUGUGUUUAGCUCUGAACCCUGAACUUUUAAAAUCAACAUGGGCUGUGUCAUUGUGUUUGCAGUAGGGUUGUCCAAGGUAUGCUAAUCGAUGCUAAAGCUAGUAUCAAAGCUUGAGCAUGUUUCGAUACUGAACAAAACAAAAAAGACAAAAUUUGACCAAUCUGAACAGUUUUGAAAUGACCUUUGACUUUAACAAAAUUACUAUAAGAAAGACCACACUAUUAUUUUGUGUUGAAUAUUAGUUUAUAUAUUGUGAAAAAAAAAAAAAAAAUUGUGCUGUUAUCAUUGUGCUAUCGCCUAUUCCUUAGUAUCAAAAUCAAGUUGAAAUUUUCAGGAUUGUGACCACAUAGUAUGCAGUAGAGUUGUCACAAUAUGAACAAUUUAAACUUGAUUUUGGUGCUAAGUAAAAGGCUUGAUAUUUGUUGAUAAAAUACUCUUUUUCAGACAAUAGAAUGUAAUGUAAAAAAAAAAAAAAGACAAAAUUCAACCUUUCCUGAACAAUUUUCAAAAUUAGUAUAAGACCACAAGGUAACAUAAAAAGUACUACUGUUUUGUGUUGAAAAUUACUUUAUAUAUUCUAUCAUUGUGCUAUUAAAAUCGGCAUCUAUAUCAAGCCUGUUCCUUAGCAUUAAAAUCAAGUUUAAAUUUUCAGGAUUGUGACCACAUAGUAUGCAGUAGAACUGUCACAAUAAGAAGGAUUUAAACUUGAUUUAUAUGCGAAGUAAAAGGCUUGAUAUUUGUUAAUAAAAGUACAAAUUUACAGACAAUAGAACAUAAUUUUCCACAUAAAGUAACAAUCGUUUCUUUUAAUAUUACCAUGUGCGCUUAUAUUCCUUCUGAAAUACACCAAAAUCAUAAAACUACAUGAAUAGGACAAAUUUGGACCUUUUCUGAAGCAGUUUUUGAAAAAAGUAUUGUUGCUAAAUUGAUACUACUAAAUGGAGUAUCUAGUGUCGAUUAGGAUCUGGGAUGGUAACAUUCUUAAUGACCUUUUGUUUUACUGAAACCCAAAGAUGGUAAACCUUAAGUGAACCAGUAAAACAACUUUAUUUCCUGAUUUCCUGGUUUCGUGCCUAUGCAAAGUCAUGGUGCCCUUUAUUAUUUGUUUAUUCAAAAGAGUUUAAGAGCAGUGUACUUGGUUUUGCAAUCUGCUUUUAACACAUUCACGCUGUUUAGAAAAAAAUCUAUUCAUGAUCUUGUUUAUUUUUAUUUAAAGGUCCUAUAUUACGCAAAACUGACUCUUGUGAGCGUUAAGCCGUGUUAUACUGUUUUUACCUCCUCAAAAACAGACCUGGAGUUGUGUUUUGUUUCAUUCACACAUGUUUGAGUGACUUUAUUAUUAGUCUGUAACAUCUCCAAAGCUCGAAACGCUCUGUUCCACCUUGUGAUGUCAUCAAGUGGUAGUUUUUAAGUUAACAGCCCCGUUUACAUUUUAGUUCAGCCUGAAUAUGCAGGUUUGUUUGUGUGUUAAACAUGUGUGAAUGAAACAAAACACAACUCCAGGUCUGUUUGUGAUGAGGAAACAACAUUAGAACAGAGAUCAGGACACAGCGUUAAUUUGAACCCUUCCCUUUAAUCUCUGUUCCGUCGUAUUGUGUAAUCUCGUAUUGUUGUGAAUAUAUUGGAACAUUCCGGCCACUGUUGUAGGAGGAGCAUUUAUGGGCCAAUAACAUGACUCACAGACUCAUCGAGAGCCUCGCAAAGAUAACUUCAUCAACCAUUUGCACAGUUUUUUGUCGCGUAUGCAAAUAUUUCUCGCCCGGUCGAUCGCUCUCGUCACAGUCUCAACACGUCUUCCAAGUUUGCAGUUUGGAAUAAUCAGACGUUUUCUUAAAUCCCUUGUCUACCUCUACGUCUAGGCCUGUCACGAUAACGCAAUAUUUUGGAGUUUGCUAUAUCGCUGAAGUAAAUAUAGACGAUAAACGAUAAUAUUAGAGCUAGACGCAACAACCCAAACGCAGAUUUAAACCACAGAAACUUUUAUAAAUCUAUAAUAUUGUAAAAAAUCUGCAUAUAAAUAGCAGAAUGAAACACUUUAGUCGUUAGUUUGCAUCUGGAAUGAGUCACACAAGUUAUUCAUUCAAAAUUUUAUGGCUCAAAUCUUACCAAAAAUUUCCCACGAGUGCAAACAGAAAGUACACAGUAUACCUUAUAGUCUGUCUUUUCUGAGUUAUAAGUAGCACUUUUUUCCUAGUUUGGCCAGGGGUGCGACUUAUACUCAGAUACAAUGUUUUUUUUCUUCAUUAUUAUGCAUUUUUUGGCUGGUGCGACUUAUACUCUGGAAAAUACGGUAAAUGUUGAACCCCCAAAAUGCUAAUUGUUCAUCUUUCACAUACAGAGCGACAGGCCGAUCUACAAACCUUCACAAAGAAAUGUUUUGUUUUUCUCCGUGGUUUCUUCUGUGUCUUUGCUCAUGGGGUAAAUGCUGAUUCUCCUGCGUUUGUAUAUUUUUCUACACUGAUCUGAGUCUUUUUACAAUGAGGUUUGGAGGAGCCGUGCGCUGCUCUGUAAUGGAACGUUGUGUUGUAUUAAAUCACAUUGAUGCUUUAUUAGAAUGAAAUAAAUUCCUCAAAAUGAGGCCAACUUUGAAA